AUGGAGGCCUCCUCACACAGCAGAGGUGGGAGGGGCCUGUGGAACAAGCCCAGGGUCACUGCGUACAGCAAGCAGACACAGGACAUGCUGAGAUUGAUGAUGCAGGAGUCCAAACUCACCAACCUCCAGAGAAAGCACAUCAAUGAAAGUCUAAGGAAUGGAACAGCUUUGCCACUGCCCCCUGACCCCAAAUUGCUACCUUCUCCCCCUCAGCCGAAAACCAGUAAAUCUGUCCAGAGACGGCUGCCAGGCCGACCUCAGAGACGCAGUGCGGAAGCUUGCUCUUCUGGGAACAGCUACUCCAGAGAAGAGUUCCGCCCCAGUCCUACCAGAGACUUAGACAAAGAGAAGAGGAGGCUUCAGAAUAUAAUGGCAACAGGAGAAGAAGAGCCCACAUCUUCCUCAUCUACAAAUGUUCCAACACGUUGGACCCCAGAAGUGGAGGAGAAGGACCAGUAUCAGGAGGUUCUGGAUGAGAUAGAGGAAAGACGACAGUUUCUGGCAGACAUGGCCUCUCUUGGUCAGGAGAAGCAGUACAUCCAUAUAAUCAACACGGAAAUAUCACAGAAAAUCAGAGAGCUGGAAAUACUGGACAAGUGCCGCCAAGACAUCCACUUGGAAAGAGAAGGCAACGUGGACUCAAAGGAGGCGACAGCAGAGAGGACCAACCUAUGA